CACUAAUGAGCCAUUUUGCUCAGCACUCAGUGGCCAGAUGUCCUCGGGGUGGUGGACUGUUCAUGAAUCAAAUGGGAAGCUGUUGAGAAAAGAAAACCCCGAGGAACUAUCAGUCACAGCUUAUGACUAUCAAACUGCAGGAGCUAAAGUCCUGUCUCUGUGGGAACCAGCUGAUAUCAGGUAGACUUUGCCCUAAAGAGGUACAACUACUUCCUGGCUUUCACAGCGGAGUUUUGUUGAUGAACUAAGUCGAGUUAUUGAAAUUAGUGAAAUGGAGCAGACAAAUAGCAGCACCAAUGAAGGACACGAACUUCGCCCUCCUCCCUACAGCCCUUCGAACUAUGAACAAAACUUCUACACAGGAACGGCAUACCAGUUUGGCAAGGGGAACAUUGCAGUCAUCUCUCCUCCUGAGUCCUACAAUAACACGAUCCAUCCGGACGACCCACCUGCAUUUGGAGGUGACCAAAUGCAUAUAGAGGCUCCGCCUCCAUACAGCAGCGAAUCAGAGGAGAAUGGUUUCAGUGUCGCCGCGAUACGGCGAGGUUUUAUACGGAAAGUCUACCUGACCUUGAUGAUUCAGCUGCUGCCUACUGUUGGGAUCAUCUGCGCCUUUCUUUACUGGGACACACUGAAGACUUGGGUUCGUGAGAACUACUGGUUCUCCUACACCAUGAUGUCAGGGGUGCUGGUCCUUAUUCUGGUUUUGUCCUGCUGCGGUAACAUCCGUCGCCAAGUGCCCCUCAAUUUCAUAGCUCUGGGCUUGUUUACUGUCGCAGAGGGCCUGAUGCUUGGAUCUGUGGCAGCGUACUUCGAAGCCGAGGCAGUUAUGUGGGCUGUGGGCGCGACGGCUCUUGUUUCCUUUGGCAUGAGUCUAUUUGCCAUGCAGUCAAAGUGGGACUUUACCGCUGGAUCCGGAUGCUUGUGGAUGUUUGCCUGGUCCUUAUUUUCCUUCUUACUGAUGUGUGCCAUCAUCCGCUCACAGUUUCUCUACAUCUUUUACGCCUACCUGGGAACUGUGCUGUUUUCUUUGUACUUGGUGCUUGACACUCAGCUAAUUCUCGGCGGGAAACACAGGAAGUAUGAAAUCUCUCCCGAGGAGUACGUGUUUGCUGCUCUCAACCUCUAUCUGGACAUCGUUACCUUGUUCUUCUUCCUGCUGCAAAUCCUUAACUUCUGCCGCUGAAUUUAUUUUCUUCUUACACAUAAAAUCAUUUUAUAUAUCUCAUAUUACAUGACGAAAGGUAGACAUGUCGCAUUUAAAUUCAUACAUCUGCUUUACAUACAUCUUUAUUGACGCUUGGAAUACUUGUUGAUAUCCUAGUUAGUUUAUAAAU